UUGGAUUGGUGAUGGGUUUCAAUCUGCAAGAGGAUAUAUUGAAGUAUCUAAAUUCAGUUGGUGAUGUAGACACAUUGGAUAUUGCAGUUCACUUCAAAACCGAUCAUCAGAAGAUAAUUGGAGCAGUCAACAGUAUCCAGGCUCUUGGCGAGCUGGUAUCAACAGAGGCAGUAUCACAUCAGAAGUGGGAACUGACAGAGGAAGGGACAGUGGUUGCUGAUAAAGGAAGCCAUGAGGCACGAACCUUUUAUGCUAUUUCUCCAGAGGGAAUGCCCCUUAAAGACUUAAAGGUAAAUCUGCCAGACAAGAAUUUGCACUCAGUUGGUUUCAGCAAAGCAAUGGCACGUGGAUGGAUAUAUGUUGACAAAUCGGGAGAAGUGCCUGUUAUCAGGCAGAAAGUUUCAUCUAUUCAAGACAUAGUAAAAGAUCACAUGAAUUUAAUUAGACAGCAAAGAGCAAACGAAGUUGAAGAAAAUGCUAAGCAGGACUAUAAGAAAAGAAAGUUGGUAAAUGAAGUGAUAUUAAAAAGCUAUAUUCUCAGGAAAGGAAAUGAAUUCCGGACAUCUGUUAGUAAGCCAGAAACUGAUUUAACAUCAGAAAUGAUAUCAAAUGGUUCAUGGAAGGAAAAAUCUUUUAAGUCAUACAAUUUUGAUGCUCUGGGUACGCCUCUUGACUGUGGUCAUCUUCAUCCUUUGUUAAAAGUACGAGCUGAGUUCAGGCGCAUUUUCCUGGAAAUGGGGUUCACAGAGAUGCCAACAAACAACUAUAUUGAAAGUUCAUUUUGGAAUUUUGAUGCAUUGUUUCAGCCACAACAACAUCCAGCUAGAGAUGCACAUGAUACAUUCUUUGUUUCAGAUCCACAGUACACAAAAAAUUUUCCAUCUGAUUACCUGGAAAGAGUUAAGUGCAUCCACAGUAAUGGGGGCUUUGGUUCCCAAGGAUAUGGAUACAACUGGAAAAUCGCAGAGGCUCAGAAAAAUUUAUUAAGAACUCAUACAACAGCAGUCAGUGCUCGUAUGCUGUACAAACUUGCACAAGAGGGAUUCAAACCUGUGAAGUAUUUUAGCAUAGACAGAGUAUUUAGAAAUGAGACUCUAGAUGCUACCCAUUUAGCUGAGUUCCAUCAAGUGGAGGGAGUGGUAGCUGAUUAUAGGCUAACUCUCGGUGACCUGAUAGGUAUAUUAGCAGAAUUCUUUAAGAAACUUGGAAUGAGCAAAUUACAGUUUAAACCUGCGUAUAAUCCAUACACUGAACCUAGUAUGGAAAUAUUCAGUUUCCAUGAUGGACUGGGUAAAUGGAUGGAAGUAGGAAAUUCUGGCAUGUUUCGACCCGAAAUGUUACGACCGAUGGGAAUCCCAGAGGAAGUGAAUGUAAUAGCUUGGGGACUGUCAUUAGAAAGGCCUACAAUGAUAAAAUAUGGCAUUAACAACAUCCGUGAUCUGGUUGGCCCCAAAGUUGAUCUUCAGAUGGUUCACGAUAGCCCAAUUUGUCGCCUGGAAAAGAACAAAUCUCAUUUGGAAAUAACCCUCAGCGAUAUUAUAAAUAUGUGGAAUUCAGUUCAUUCAAAAUUAGAGAAACUUCAGCAACAAGUUAAUCGACUUUCUCAUAACACUGAUGUAAUAACAAAUGGCCCAAAGCAGGAUGGAGUAUGCAUCCCCAAUGAAAAAUAUUGUAGCAUGUCCAUGUCUAAUUUUGAGAGGCUUUUUGAUAUGAAAAUAGUCUGCAACCCUAAGUUUCCUCUGUUUUCAUUUCAGUUCUUGUUGAAAUAUCUAAGCAAAUUAUUUACUUUUGAUGUAAAUGUUGAGACAGAAGUGAAUUUCUCACAAUGUCUAAAGCUCUUCAAUUCUGUUCAAAGGAAGAAUAACUUAAAUAGCUGUCCUAAUAUUACAUUUCUGUGGAAAGAUGUGCCAUAUCCAGUUCUAUUAUUUAAUACAACAGGAAAAGAAAUAUUUGGUGAAGUUAAUAUAGCAAGAUACUUCAGUCGUUUGAUUGAGACAAAAGAUCCAGUUUGUUUAUAUGAAAAGUGUGGUACAGAGUGUGCAUCAGAAAUUGAUGAAUGGCUAGAUAAAAUUGAUUUAUGUUCAAGACAGAUUAAUAUUACUGACUUAGAGAAUACUGUUGAAAUACAUUUGUCAAAAUACAAUUGGGUUGUAGGAAAUGAACUAACGUUAGCUGACAUAUGUCUGUGGUCAUUUCUGAAGCAAAUGAACAGGUCAGUGCAGAAAGUUUCAGUUAAUGUUAACAAAUUCAUAAAAAGAAUCGAUAAUAUCUCAGUUUUGUAACAUUGAUGUAAGAAUGUAAAACAAGCCAUAUUGAUGAACAUUGUCAAACAUUUUUGUAUAAGACUGAAAGUUGUCAACAGUAACAUUUUAUUAUUACAUAACAUCUGUAAUGAAAUUAUAUAUAGACUUACUUGAGUGUUUUGUACUAACUGAUAAAGGAAUUGCUGAUUGUCUCAUAAUUUUGUUUCCGCGUAUAAUUUCUUUGUAUCAGUGAAUAGAGGUUUUUAGUAAAUGCAGUGAUACAGAAGAUUUUGUUUAGUUAUGGACUUUGUUUACAAAGCCUUACAACAUUUCAAAAGACCAAGUAAUUACAUGCAUGGCCAUCACUUAAUGAUGUUAUGAAUCCUAUAUUUGUGAUUGCUCCAUUACAUUUCGGGUGUGCAGCUGCAUAUAUUCCACUUCUCGGUUUGAAAGACUGACGCUAAAGCACUUGCUCCAUCCUUUUAUGUCUGCAGACCAUGCCACCAUGCAAGUGGACGCAGAAACACAAACACAAGAGACAAUCAGUGGCAAGGAAGUACACAUAUACUUGAAAUGAAUGUAUGAUUAAGUGGUUGAUAAACCCAUGAGCUGUGCUGUGAAGAGGUCUUUGCAAGUUUAUUAAAGAAAGCACCAGAUUCCAUGACAUGUCCAAAGUGUAACCACAAUCUAUGUUAAUUAAAUUAUUCAACAAAUGAA